GAAGAUUCUUGCAAAUUUAAUUGUGAUGGGUUCUGGCAUAUUAGCUAGGGCUUUUGUUCAAGCAUACCGUCAAGCUCUUGCCAAUGCCAACAAAACCGGCGUUGCUCAAGAAACAUUGCAAAAUGCAAUUCGCAGAGGAAGCAAGGUCAUGACAGAGCAGGAAGCUAGACAGAUUUUUGGCGUGACAGAGGAAACUGCUUGGGAGGAUGUUCUAAAGAAAUACGACACUUUAUUUGAGAGGAAUUCUACGAAUGGUAGCUUUUACCUUCAAUCAAAGGUUCACAGGGCCAAAGAAUGUUUAGAGGCUGCAUGCCGGGAUAUAGGUCAGACUACGCCUAGUUGAGAAGCA